CACAAGAUCCCCCUUGUCCAUAUGCUUGUUGGGUCCCUCAAACAAUUCUAGUAGAUUGUAAAGGGAAUUCAUACCUCACCAAAGACCAUGUUGAUUCUUCCCCAACAAAUUAUGUUAAUCUAUGUGCCUGACAACUUUAUUCUUUCAUGUAGUUUCAACCAGAUGCCUAGUACUGAAGUCAGGUUUACUAUCCUGUAAUUACUGGGAUAACCCCAGAAUCCUUUUUUAAAAACUGGCAUCACAUCCGCUAUCCUCCAGUGAUCUGGUACAGGAGCUGAUUGAAAGGAUAGGUUACAAACCACAAUCUCUUCUGGUAUGGAGUUGGGGAAUUAUGAACAGCGGGUUGUAAUGAGAGAGGAAAACAAACGAAGGAGAAGAAGAAUGAAGCCUUUCAGUGCAGCAAGUAAUUUGUCUUCAAUGGAGCUGAUAGCCAUUGAAUUCAUUCUGCCUACAAGCAAUAAACAUACUAAAGUGCCGGAAACAAUGAUACUCGAAAUAGCUGGCAACUGUACUGUUGAGCAAAUGAAAGCACAGAUUUGGAUGCGUGCAAUAGAGACAAGCCAAACCACAGAUUUUUACCAUAAAUUCACUCCAGAUCAAUGUAUUCUUCAAUAUCAAAAGAAAGGACAGUGGUAUGAAAUUUAUGACAAACAUCAGGUAAUACAGACUUUGGACUGCAUACUGUACUGGAAAGUGUUACAGAAAAAAGUAGGCAAAAUCUAUGUUAUCCAGAAGCAAAACCCAACAGAGGUAGUUCAGGAAUUUCAGUCACAGCUUAAUGAUUUAAUUGGCUAUGAUGUCACUGAUGUUAGUAAUGUGCAUGAUGAUGAGCUAGAAUUUACUCGUCGCAGAUUAGUCACACCACGAAUGAUUGAAGUAGCCUGCAGAGAUCCAAAAUUGUAUUCAAUGCAUCCAUGGAUUACGUCCAAACCACUCCCAGAAUAUGUAUUUAAAAAGAUUACUAAUAACAAUAUUUUUAUAAUCAUACAUAGAGGAACAACUAGCCAGAAAAUUAAAGUAUCAAUUGAUGACACUCCAGAUAUGAUCCUUCAGAGCUUUUUCACCAAAAUGGCAAAGAAGAAAUCUUUGAUGGAUAUUCCUGAGGAUCACAGUGAACUGGAUUUUGUUCUCCGGGUUUGUGGCAGAGAUGAGUAUAUCACAGGAGAGACGCCAGUCAAAGAUUUUCACUGGAUAAGGCAGUGCCUGAAGAAUGGGGAAGAGAUCCACCUAGUAUUAGAUGAUCCUCCUGACCCAAAAGAGGAUGAGGUUCAGAAAGAAGAAUGGCCUUUGGUGGAUGACUGCACAGGUGUCACAGGAUAUCAUGAACAGCUGACAAUAGAUGGAAAAGAUCACGAGAGGGUGUUCACUAUCUCUUUGUGGGACUGUAACAGAAAAUUCAGGGUCAAGAUAGUUGGCAUUGAUAUCCCGGUACUACCAAGAAAUACUGAACUUACUGUGUUUGUUGAGGCUAAUAUUCAACAUGGCCAACAGCUUCUUUCACAGAGAAGAACCACAUCUAAGCCUUUUACUGAGGAGGUUCUAUGGAAUACUUGGGUUGAAUUUGAUAUUAAAAUUAAAGAUUUGCCUAAAGGAGCACUACUCAAUCUACAGAUAUAUUGUGGCAAAGCACAGGCAUUAUCUACAAAGGCUACCAUCCAGUCGCAUGAUUCCCCCAACUCUGAAUCUAAAUGCAAAACCCAGCUACUCUAUUAUGUAAAUAUUUUGUUGAUUGAUCAUCGUUCUUUGCUACGGAGUGGGGAGUAUGUGCUUCAUAUGUGGAAGAUUUCAGGGAAGGGGGAAGAGCAGGGAAGCAUCAAUGCUGACAAACUUACAUCAGCAACCAAUCCUGAUAAAGAAAACUCAAUGGCUAUCUCCAUUGUUCUGGAUAAAUAUUGCCACCCAAUAGCUUUGCCCAAACAUAGAAUAACAUCUGACCCCCAAGGGGAUAGGACAAGAGCUGAAAUGCCCAAUCAGCUUCGCAAACAGCUUGAGGCAAUCAUAGACACUGACCCACUUAAUCCACUUACACCUGAGGAUAAAGAAUUACUGUGGCAUUUUAGAUAUGAAAGCAUAAAGCACCCCAAGGCGUAUCCUAAGCUGCUUAGCUCAGUGAAGUGGGGACAGCAAGAAAUAGUGUCCAAAACAUACCAGUUGUUAGCUAAAAGAGAAGCUUGGGAUCAUAGCACUUUGGAUGUUGGACUAACAAUGCAACUUUUGGACUGUAACUUUUCGGAUGAAAAUGUAAGAGCAAUGGCAGUUCAAAAGUUGGAGAGCUUAGAAGAUGAUGAUGUUCUGCAUUACCUUUUGCAACUAGUGCAGGCUGUGAAGUUUGAACCCUAUCAUGACAGCGCACUGGCCAGAUUUCUACUAAAACGUGGUUUGAGAAACAAAAGAAUCGGUCACUUUUUAUUUUGGUUUUUAAGAAGUGAGAUUGCUCAGUCCAUGCACUACCAGCAGCGGUUUGCUGUGAUCCUAGAAGCCUAUCUUAGGGGCUGUGGAAAAGCCAUGCUACAUGAUUUCAUGAAACAGGUUCAGAUAAUUAAGUUGCUGCAUAAAGUCACAAUGGAUAUAAAAUCAGUUUCUGCUGAAAAGUACGAUGUCACCGCUCAAGUUAUCACCCAGCUGAAACAAAAACUUGAAAAACUGCAGAACAGCAAACUUCCAGAAAGCUUUAGAGUUCCAUAUGACCCGGGGCUGAGAGCAGGAACACUUGUGAUUGAAAAAUGCAAAAUAAUGGCAUCCAAGAAAAAGCCACUUUGGCUUGAAUUUAAAUGUGCAGACCCCACAGCCUUAUCAAAUGAAACUAUAGGCAUUAUCUUCAAACAUGGAGAUGACCUUCGCCAGGAUAUGCUCAUUUUACAGAUUCUUCGAAUUAUGGAAUCUAUUUGGGAAGCAGAAUCUCUGGACCUGUGUUUGUUGCCAUAUGGUUGCAUUUCUACAGGAAAUAAAAUAGGAAUGAUUGAAAUUGUGAAAGAUGCUACAACAAUUGCCAAAAUUCAGCAAAGCACAGUUGGCAAUACAGGUGCAUUUAAAGAUGAAAUACUAAAUCAGUGGCUGAAAGAAAGAUGUGUGAUUGAAGAAAAGUUUCAGAAAGCAGUGGAAAGAUUUGUUUAUUCUUGUGCUGGUUACUGUGUGGCAACGUUUGUACUUGGAAUAGGAGACAGACACAAUGACAACAUUAUGAUUACAGAAACAGGAAAUCUUUUUCAUAUUGACUUUGGCCAUAUUCUGGGGAAUUACAAAAGCUUCCUCGGAAUUAAUAAGGAAAGAGUCCCUUUUGUGUUAACACCGGAUUUUCUUUUUGUCAUGGGAACUGCUGGAAAGAAGACAAGUCUGCAUUUCCAUAAAUUUCAGGACAUUUGUGUAAAGGCUUAUCUAGCUCUUCGACAUCACACAAACCUGCUGAUCAUUCUGUUUUCCAUGAUGCUAAUGACUGGAAUGCCCCAGUUAACCAGCAAAGAAGAUAUUGAAUAUAUCCGGGAAGCCCUGACUGUAGGUAAAAAUGAAGAAGAUGCUAAAAAGCAUUUCCUGGAUCAGAUUGAAGUUUGCAGAGAUAAAGGCUGGACUGUACAGUUUAACUGGUUUCUACACCUUGUGCUUGGAAUCAAACAAGGAGUAGAAAAACAUUCUGCCUAAUGUUGCUGUAAACUAUAGCUAUAACUAUAGAUCUAAAUAAAAAGUUAACCAGUCUGGUCAUAGGAUCCGACUUUCCCUGUAGCCAGGGGGUGCUCAAGCCCACUACUCCCAUCCUGACCCCCAUUCCAUCUCUUUUCCCAAAUUCACGCACUGCCUCUUCUCUGCCUUGUCCCCAAGUGCACCAUGUCUCUGCUCUAUCACUUUCCUUCUGGAGCAUCCCACACACCACAAAAGGGAGGCGUGGGUCAGCAUAACUGCUGGUGGGUGAAAAGUGUGGGGGUAAAGAGAAGGCAGAGGGAGAGCUUGGCUGCUGGUGGGUCCUGAGCACCUGCUAAUUUUCCCCCAUCGAUGCUUCAGAUCUGGAGCACCCAUGGAGUCAGCGUCUGUAAUCUGGGUGUUUAUUUACAGCUUACUAGUAAUUGAACUGUCAGAGUUGCCUUUUUCAAUUUAACAGUUUAAAUGGGACUUCUAAAAAUGGAAAACUGCUUUGCCUGGAACUGCAAGAGACUCAAUCUGUUUCUUAUAGAAACAGUUUUUCUGGAGUUGCUGACAUUUGCAAAACACUGUUUUUUAUUUGUUAAUAGCUUUGCUGACGUGGCCUGCAAUUGUCUCAUUUGCCUGCAUAGUAGACAAAGACAAAACAGGGAGUGGUGUAUGAUGUUAGCCUGGGAACUGAAAUAUGGGUGCCCUGUGACUAUUUCCUUAAUUAUUCAUUUUUGUCAGGCCCUUCAGGAGUCAAAGGGUGGUUUUUUUUAAUUUAUUUUAAGUAACAUGAUUAGAAACGUUCCCGCAGAAAGUACCGUAUAUUACAUCAGGAGCUCUUUAUUACUAAACAUUCUUCACCUUUAUUCUUCUCCUUCAUCUUUUCCUUACUUCCUUGUUCCUUCUCGACUCUUUUUCAGGCUUGGUCUAAGUUUAAAAAUUACAUCGACUUAGAUCGAUUGCUCAGGGCUGUGAACAAUUUAAUGCUGACCACCAACAUAACCACAGUUAGGUCAAUGGAAGAAUUCUUCCAUUGACCUACUUACCUUUUCUGAGAGAUGGAUUAACUAUAUUGAUGGAGAAAACCCUUCUUUCGAUGUAGAAAGCAUCUCCACUACAGAGGCACAACCUCAGUAGCUGUAUGUAAACAUACCCUAAGUCUUUUAGCUCAGGUGACAACUAUGGAUUCCGCCAUCUAGGACAAUGUUUCUCAACCUUUUUGGGGUCAGGCCCCGUUUGUAAAUGUUUAUGGCUUGUUGUGACGCGGUUUUAGUCGGAUCCAGCCCCUUGGGGGGUUUGGGUCCUGCCCAGCACUUACCCCACAGAGGUGGCUCCUGCAGCUCUUGUGCUGUGGGCAUGGUUGGGUUUGGCUCCGGCUCUGGGUGUUGCAGCACCGCUCAGCUUUGGUCUUGCCUCCCUGACAGGGUCAAAGUUGUGUGAGUGGAGUUGUGACCUGGCUCACUGGUUGUAGUGCCACUCACUCAAGUUGUCCUACCCAGACUCCCAUUCUCAUGACUGGGCCAAACCUGAGUGGUGCUGGGACCCAGAAGGUGCAGUUCCUGGAGAAGGAAGGGAAGCGUAGUGGGACCAGAGCCACAGGAGCUGCCACACGACUCUGGAAUAUUCUGGUGACCCAAUUUUGGGUACUGACCCAUGGGUUGAGAAACCAUGGUCUAGGGAGAACCUUGCAUUACCUUUGGUAUAGCUUCCUGAACCAUGAAACCAAGGGCCUAACUGGCCAUUCCACAGUAGUUCCCACACAACAUCUCCUUUACCUUAAAGUUCCUGGGUUUGCUCUGAUAAUUUUCUUUUAAGUGUGAGUGUUUCAAUUUGCAUUUUUAAAUUCUUUUUUUAAAUUAAUAUCCAAUCUAUUAUAUUGACUCUUGAGGUAUAUAUAGUUUUAUUAUUAAAUGUCUGAAAUUCUGCGUGUACAUUAAAAGCUUUAUAAAAAUAAUUUUCUUGUUCCUCAAAAGAAUCUUCUCUAAGAACAAAUGACAUUUUACCAAAAGUUUAAGAAGCCCAAAGGUUAUUUAUUUCUCAGUGACAUAUUGUCAGGUUAUACUAAUUAGCAACAAAAUAUAAUUAUAAAUUAUGUAUAUUUUGCUAUUUAUAGUGUUUAUUUUAUUUCUAAAGUUCUUAAUUGAUUAUUGAAAAGCUAUUUUUGAAAGGAAUUAGAUUGUUUAUUUUUAAUUCCAGUAUAAACUAAAUCUAAUGACAAGGAACUAUUUUGGGGGAGAAGGAGCAAAUGUUAGAUAUAUUUUUAACUAUAUCUUUAGUAGCAUGUCUGGAAAUAAUUAAUUGAUCCUAUUUGUAUAAGAUAAAGCAAAACACAACUUAGACUGGAAACAAAAUUAAUGAUAUAAGUUAUUAAAAUACUCUCCCUGCUGAUUAAUUGAUUUUACCAAAGAGAGAAGACAGCUUAGAGUAUGGUUUAUUUGCACUUGUGUCUAUGUAAUUGCUACUUUCAUUACAUACUGAUAUGGGAUGUACAUUAAACUCAGAUGAUCAACUGGAUUUGUUAAUUUCGGUUAUUGUUUGCAUCCAUAAUUUUGCAUUAUUGCUCAGAUUUUACUGAACUACUGAGUGUGUUCUUCAAGGAUUUGUAAAAAUGUACUGUAGUUGGUAUCUUAAUUAUGAGAUCUGUAGACGAUUUUAAAAAUGUAAGUGCUUAAUUAGUUGCUCUCCACAAAGGUAUUUUUGAUGUAUGAAAUAAAUUUGAUAAGGAAGUAAAAAAUGCUUAAAUGUUAAGAAAUCAUUUUAUCUUCUAUCACAUCAUGACCCUGUGCAUGCUGAGGUAUAAAAUGUAUGAGACAUAUUGUAUCUGUAACCUGAUAUUCUUAGAUUUGUGCUCUAUCAUCCUGAAAUGAAUUGGCAGUUGUUUGAUGGUAAAUCAUGCAAUAAAAGGAUUUUUUUUCAAAAAUA